GCUACUGACGGACCAAUAAAGGCAACACCCGCUGAAAGCCGAGGCUCUUUGUGCGAGUCUGUAAGCGUUCAUCCAGAAACGAAGUGGCGUUAAGCAGCAGAAUACACGGCUCAAUGCUGACAUGCAGCAGCUUAUAGAAACACAGCAUGCGCGCCUGUGAGGGAGACGACGACGCCCGCAGUUUGGCCUAAGAUGAGCAGCUCCGGUAAACGAGAGAGGGAGCAGAAGAGGAAACUGCAGCACUUCCUCGGUGACCUUGCUUUGCUCGGAUCCUUGCAGGGUUUUAAAUACUUCCAGCCAUGGCUCAGGGGGAAAGAGGAGUUGCUGCUGACAGUUGUUAAUGAGGAUCUGGGUUGGCGUUCCCCAGGCUUUAUGGUGUCCAGAGCCUCCUCCUACUCCUCUACCAGCAGCUGUAACAGCAGUGAUGUCUCUCCCAGCAGCAGCUCUCCCAGUCUGGCCAGCCGUAGCAGCUCCCCCCUGCCCGGGGAGCCUCCGGGCCCACGAGGCUCCCAGUCACAUACCAAGACACAGCCACAGACUGCCAGUCAGGGGGAGGCCUGCAUCGAGGAGCAUCUUCUCCCAGCAUCUCCCAGUGAAAGGGAGAUAGCAGUACCCGAGGUGAACUGCACUCUGUUUCUAUUGGCCGGCUACGUCAAAUACGGACGCCCCUACGCGUGGAUACGCUCCAAUCACGAGCGCCUAGUCAACAUCGGCGGCACAGAUUCGAUGGUCAAAGACACGCCCAUGAAACUCAAGUCCAUUGCAGACUGGCAGACGCGAGCAAUUCGUGUGUGGGACAUUGUCAGUGAGCUGGUGUGUCUCUGCACCGUUCCCUGUCCGUCCAACCCGUUCGCCCUGGACAUGCGUUACAUCAAAAGUCUUCCUCUCGCCGAACGCUUUCUCGUCACGGGAGCUCUCCUUAACUUCCUGGAGAUGUACGUGGUUUACGGCAACCGGGACGAGUUGCAUUAUGAUAAAGUGGUGGAAGAGGUGAAGCCUCUCAGGCGUCUUCAUGUACACUCCCUGCUCGAGUUACAGCGACUUAGAGAGAGCUCCGGCAGCGCCGCGGUGCACGGCUCUUCUGCAGAAGAGUGAUUCUGAUUGUUUGUAUACACUGUGAGCUACAUCAAGAUAAAAUCCCCCUAGCUGGCCUUUUAUUAAUGUAGGAACAAAAAUACAGCAGAUAGGUCUAAAGGGAGUCUUUGAUGCUUAUGUUUACACAGACACUGUUACACUGGUGGAUGCUCAUGCUAAACAUCCUUCAGAUGAGGAGACCACCUUAUGGACUAGUAAUCCUUGUGAGCCAAACGCUCAGAAAUCAGAGUGCUCUAAGUGCUUGGUGCUUCUGUUUGCAUGGGGCAGCCAAUCAAGAGAAAGAUGGCUUAAAGGGGGAGGGGCUAAAGUAUUUUGUUGGUACAGACGAUGAGCUGAGGGGCUGCACGAAGCCUAGUAUGAGAGAAAUAAGGAUAAUUUUGAACUGUAAAUCAUGCCAUGGUACAAAAUAGGAAGGAAGCAGAAGCAGGCUAUCGGGGAGCUCUGUAUCAUUAGGAAAAUGUUUAAAACAUUACAGUUAAGUCCAAAAUAUAUGGACUUCUUCACUUUUCCCCCCCCCCAAAGUGAGGCAUGAAGUGCUCACACGCUGCAGUAACCCAUGCAGAUGGAGAUUAAUCACCUUUGGUUGCAGGUGUCAGACUUUAACAAUGUGAAAGAACUAGAGAAAUAGAGAAACCCUGGGAAAUGAGUCACAUGACUAAAAUUCUAAAUAAAUCCCAGGACCUCCAAAUGUGCUGCCCCGUAACCCCUAAAACCUUCGAUCUCUUCCUCUCCACCCACCCCCACAUACUUAAAU